CACCGCCUUCAUCCUGUUGGCAGAGAACGAUCGAAUCGCGGUCAUAAAACGAAUAUCAAUCGGCCGCCAACAUCACUACCGUCCUCUACAAGCAGGCAUGCAUCUUCCGUUUCCUUUUGGUACGACGCCCACGUCAGUAUAGUGUACUGUGACACGUCCACUGCGACUCACCAACUCGGAGUGAUAUGAUCUCACCCUGACACCGGAGUCGCUCUCAGCCUCAGUGGCUCUCGCAAGAGCGUUCUCGGCUUAGUACUUGGUCAAGACAUGGCCACCGCGGGCUUCCCAUGGUCGGAUCAGUCCAGAGACCCAGAGAAAGAGUCACCUCCGUCGCAGCCGACAGCUCCUUCCUCCCCUCCCAACACCAACUCCCACGUCGAUUCAGAGAUCCUCUCCCACAAGACAUCGUCGUCUAGCCACUGUUCUCAGACUCGAAAAGCCUCAACCUACAAAGGAAAGGGCCGUAAUGGAUCCCUCAAAGGGCCCCCCGCCGUCAAACCUCCCGUCCUGAAAGCUAUUCCCUCUUCAAACAAUAGAGUCUCCAAAGCCACAUCGCCCUUACCCGUGCGGACGAUUCCAGCUUGGGUGAGGGACGCGGAAGAGGAUGAUUUUGAAGACCCAGACUUUACCCUUCCAGACAGCCCUCAUGCUGCCUUUGUCGCGCAACACCACCAUGGUCAGGCAACCCUCCAGCGACCUCUCCUGUCCGGUCAACAUGCACGCCGAAACAGCCACAUCACCUCGUCUGGUCAUGUACGACGUGAGAGGACGUCAAGAUGGGUUACUUUCGCACGAGCUAGCGCCUACCCACGGGAAAACUUUCACAGUGAAAAGGUGGACAAUGACUGGCUGGACCAAAACAUGACCGACUACUCCAAACCGUGGCUCGCCGACCAUGAGGAAGACGAGGAAGACAGCAGCAGCCGAUAUCGUGCCUUCCGACGGAAAAGGCAGGUCUGGUACAAGAGGGCCCAAUUCACCAUUCUCCGCAAUCCGUUUAUUCCUCUGGCCUUUCGAUUGACCAUCUUUCUCUUCGCCCUUCUCGCCCUCGGCCUGGGUGUUUCCAUCUACAAAGCGACCGGACGCAUUCAAACUUGUGUGCAGCAACCUGUGCCUCGGACUCCAGAUUGCCAGCAGCUUGUGGGUGCCGAGCAGCAAGACUACUACCGCGAUCCGUCGGGAUUGAUGGCCAUCAUUGUCGAUGCCAUCGCCCUGGUAUACACCGUCUACAUUACCUACGACGAAUAUUUUUCCAAGCCCCUAGGCCUACGACCCGCUCGCGCCAAAGUUCGUUUGGUCCUGCUUGAUUUGUUCUUUGUUGUCUUCCAGUCCGCGAACCUCAGUCUGAGUUUCGAAUCAUUGACGGUCGACGAAGGUGCAUGUCAGGUUGGCGAUGACCCGAGGACGUCGAGCAGGUUCGAUAACGUAUGUCGUCGAGCUCAGGCGCUGAGUGCCGUCUUGCUGGUCUCUUUGACAGCCUGGCUGAUAACUUUCUCGAUUAGUGUCUUGAGAUUGGUCGAGAGAAUCAACAGCAAUUGAGCACACGCCUGCCGGUUAGACAUGCAAGCUGGGGCCAUCGUCACCAUAUACAGGAUCCCGGCCAAACCACGUUAGGUCGCUGAUGGCCUUCACUUUAUCCUCCUCUCCGACGCGACCAUAGCACAUGUCCCAGCGGGUGGAAGAUGAGGGAUAGCUGCCCACCAUCUGAAAGCCGCCGUAAUCCUGGAUCAACCGAUGUCCUACGCCAGCUGGGAUGACCACCACGUCACCUUUGUCAAGGACAGGCUCAACGCGAUGCGGGUUGUCCUCAUGACCAAAGCAGCAUUUGGCGGAACCUGAAGAAAUCACGAGCACUUCAUGCGUAGUUGAAUGAAAGUGGGUAUCGCUAUACAUUGUAUACCUCCACUGUGGAGUGACUUGGGCGAUGGAGUUGAGGUGCGCCUCGAUCUGGGAAGCGCUUGCACUAGCAAAGGCGCCAUGGUAUAUUAUCAAGGGUUUGCCUUGAAUCGAAGUGUUGGGAAUGCCUUUGAAGGCUGGAAUCUGAUGCUUUGUAACCCGUAAAAGGGACAAAGGUGUGAUGGACAUUUUCUUUUGACUGCCCAUGGAGAGUCCUUGCAGCAACAAUAUGCUCUCUGAACAAGGUGUCUAUUCUUCAAUAAUAUCUAAUCAUCUCAGAUGAUUGCUGUUGAGGAAACUGGUAGGGAGGCACGGAAGGUUGCUGAUUGCCACUUGGUAAGAAUCCGGAAGAACCAGAUAUUCCGUUGGUCAGCCACGAGUGCCACAUCUGCCACAUCUGCCACGUUAGGCUCCAACCCCGACGCCAAGAGAAAGUCGCCUCCUGGAAGUCACGCCCGCAUGUCAACCCGUAGAGCCCAACCACAAGCACCGGCUGAAUGUUGGUAGGCGCAACUCCAAGCUAGUAUUAGACAAUAGCGGCACUGGCAUCAGAUUGUAG